CACAAAAAAGGAAGAGUUCCUUAGCUUAACUCUGCCAAUUAAAUUGAUCCAAACCCUCCCGCUUAAUCUUAGAUGCUACUAACAAGUUUAGAGUUGGAAGUCUCAGUAGAUAUAUGCUGGGCCAUAGCUGGGACCUUAUGUCUUAUUUCAAACUAACUCUUUAUUUGCAGUUUAGCUUGCGAUUUAGAAGGAAAAGUUGUAAUUUUUUAAAUAAAGAUACUAUCUAUCUUAGCAAAGAAUCUUCAAAAGGGAUGCUUCUCCACUGGUCCCCAAGUAGUGCUAGAAGAAUUACUCAGACUAUUGGAGCUGUUGUGGAUAUCUACUUUGAAGAAGAGUUACCAUCUAUCCUUAAUUCUCUUGAGGUUGAUAGACUUGAUAAGGCUGGUAUUUGAAGUGUCCGCACAUCUGGGUGGUCAAACCGUUUGAAACAUUGCUCUUGAUUCGAUCGAUGGAUUUGUGAGAGAUUAUGAAGUUGUUAACACUGGAGAUCCAAUCAGAGUGCCAGUAGGAAAGCAACAUUUGGAAGAAUCAGGAAAAUUAUUGAACAAGCUAUCGAUAAGAGAGGUACAAUUGAUAUUGAUUACUACUUACCAAUUCAAAGGAAGGAUCCUUCCUUCGAAGGUCAGAGUUCUGAGGUAGAGAUCCUUUAGCAAGGAAUCAAUUUUGGUGAUUUGGUGACUCCAUACUCGAGAGGAUAUAAAAUUUGAUUUUAGGAGGAGCAUGAGUUGGUAAAACAGUGUUUAUCAUGAAGUUUAUUAAAAAUAUUGCGAAGAGCCAUGGUACUUUCUCUGUGUUUUCUGGAAUAGGAGAAAGAACUAGAGAGGGUAAUGAUCUUGCAAUGAAAUUAUUGAGUCUGAUAUAAUUGGUUUUGAAGGAGAUAAAUCAAAAGCAGCUCUUGUAUAUGAAUAAAUGAAUGAAAAUUCAAGUGCCAAAACCAGGGUGGAUUGGCUGGACUGACUAUAGCUGAAUAUUUCAGAGAUGAAGAAGGAUAGGAUGUGCUGGUCUUUAAUCUUGAAUUACUCUGAAAAUAUUUUCAGAUUCGUUCAGGAAUGUUAAUAAGUUCCAACUUUGCUUGGUUUUAUGCCAUCUGCAGUAGGAUACCAGCAAACCUUAGCUUCAGAUUUAGGUGUAUUGCAAGAAAGAAUCGCUAUUGUUAAGAAAGAAUCUAUCACAUCUGUCAAAGCUAUCUAUGUGCCAAAAGACAAUAUUACAGAUCCAGCUCCGGUUACUACAUUAGCACAUCUUGAUGCUACUACUGUGUUGUCAAGAGUUUUGACUGAGGUUAAUAUUUAUCCAACCGGAGAUUCUCUCGAUUCUAAACCAAGAAUGCUUGAUCCUGCUAUUGUAGGAGAAGAGAAUUAUAACUUUGCAAAAAAUACUCAGAAACUACCUCAGGAUAAUAAAUCAUUGCAGGAUAAUAUAGACCAUUUGGGGUAUGAAUGAGUUAGCACCUCAAGAUAAAUUUCCAGUCGCAAGAGCAAGAAAGGUAUCAUUCUUCCUCUCUCAGCCAUUUUUCAUGGUUGCUGUUUUCUCUUGUAUGGAUGAUAAAUCUGCUUAUAUUGAAGGAUUCAAUGUUCUCUUGAGAGAAGAAGGAGAUGAUUACUCAGAAUCAGUUUUCUAUGUGGUCGGUAUUUUCGC